AUGCUAGCGGAUACUGGCGCUACUCUAAGUCUCGUGGAUCGACGCGUGCUGAAGCGUUUAGGACGGUCGUCCGAGCCGCUGGAACCGUACGAGGGCCUGGUGAGGAGCUCCUCGGGGCACAAGUUGCGGAUACGUGGUUGGAUUACCCUCUCUCUCCGUCUUGGAACGGUUGAAGUCUCGAUGAGCUUGUUGGUUGCUGACCCGUUCGGCGCUGUGAUCGACGUGUCGAAACGGACGUUGACUCUAAAGAGUACGGGCGAAGUGCUGGCGCUAGGUUUCACCAUGUUGCAGGAGUCGUACAUGACGACGAUGGCGACGACGGUGCGGUUGCCGCCGCGUGGCCAAGCUCUCGUGAUGACUCGUGUCGUGGGUGCCGUCGUCGAAAAGGCGACCGUUCUGGUCGAAGGAGCUUUGGGUCUGUCUCCGACGCUGUGCGUGGCACGGGCGCUGUGCACGGUCGAGGAAGCCCAGGUCAUCGUCGAAGUCUGUAAUGCGUCUACGGAUGAGUACUGGAUCCGGAAAGGAACGGUCAUUGCGUGCACUUCCGUGAUCCCGGAGUCGGCUUUCGAGCCGCCAACGGUCGAUCCAAAGGGUGCGGAGCGUCAAACGGGUGGUCCGAUGGGAACGGUGCCAGCCGAAGGUGGCGAGCCCAAGGGGGAGCGCGCAACGUCAGUGUCUGAAGCGCGCGAAGUGGGCGUCGGCGAGAAGGUGAAGGCUACGAAGCCGGACAUCCCGCCCGACAAAGCGGAAGCUAUGAAGGCCGAUUUCUCGGAGUCUAGACUGUCACCGGAGCAGAAGGAACUGUUCCAAGGAGAACUGAACGGUUUCCACAGCAUUUGUGGACUCUUCUAA